UGGUAGUCAAAAUGGCCAUCAUUCUGUGAUAUGCAUUAACAGUGUGUAGCGAAUUUUUUUUUAUAUAUAUACAUAUAUGGAGAGUGGUAACCGGUUUGUAGACAUUGUAACUACAAUGUCUUAGACGUUUAAAAUAUUCAAGAAAUCUAUACAUACGUGCUGAUAUUGGAAAGUGGGAAUAUAAAUGCUGAAUUUUUUGUAGGUUAAGUCACGUCGCAUUGUAAAAUCACCUUUUGUUAUUCAAGCAAGCAUAUGCUUGCACGUAUUACUUUCUACGUGCGUAGAAGGAUUUAAAUAAAUAAAGUGUUAUAUCAACGUGGUAUAUCAACAAAAUUACGUGCUGUUAACAAGUGUUUUUAAAGAUUUUAAAAUGGCACUAUUUCGUAUCAGUAACUCCUACUUAUUGACAAGUUUAUCACAGGUCUCGCACGCAGCAGGUUCGCCACUCGGCGAAAUACACUGCAUCCGAUACGCGGCUGUACCUCGAGACCGCAUGAAAAAUCUCCACGUAACAAGUGUCCGCCGUUAUCCCGAUCCUCCUGCUCUGCCACUUCCUGCAAACGUCUCCGAGAUAUUUGCGAACGAAACCGGCCGGUUUACACCUGAAAGGGCACGAGACAUCGACGCACCGGUGCUACUGUACGGCAAGAACGAUGACACGUCGUUCUUUUCCAAUCAGUUGUCAAAGCCGACAGUAGCGUGUUCGAGUAAUCUAAAGAACUGCAGCGACAUGCACGUGGAUUCGUACGACUGUUUUGGAGCGGUUAGCCUGAACGGGACUAUGCAGAGCAACGUGCCGGAACCGUUCUGCUCUAAUGGGAAAUCAAUGCACUUGAACAUGCCGGGCGGUCAGUGGGCCAGAGACGAGAAAUACAUUGCCGAAGACAUGCAAAAAUCUCACUAUCGUAUCGUUCGUUUAUCGCAAUUGAAAUUGGACAAAAGCGGUCUAACAGCGAAUUUACUUUCCCAAGCAAUGUACAAGCCAAAAUAUAUCUACAGUAUGGGAUAUUCAACGAAACCGUCCGAACCAGUAAAUAAGUUAGCGAAUGAUAACCAAAAAGGGAUUAAAGAAAUUCCACAAGAGUUGUCCCAGAGAGAAAAAUUUAAAAUAUUAGCCAAGGAAUAUGGGAUUACCGUUGUCAUAUUUCACAUAGGAAUCUCUCUGAUAUCUCUCGCUGCUUGUUACGCAGCCGUAGCUAGAGGUAUAGAUUUAAAGCCUAUCGUUCACUUUAUAUUCAACAUAGAAAAUGAGCAAAUCGAAGCUUACGUUGGUAAUUCCUCAACCUUCUUGGUUGCGUACGGUAUGCAUAAACUUCUGGUACCCCUUCGGUUUUCAAUAAGCAUAGGGGGAUCACCAUUCCUUGUAAGGUAUUUGAGGAAAAUUGGAUUGCUUAAACGUCCGAAAAGAGUAACACAAACCACGCAGAAAUAAUGUACAAUUACAAUUUUAUGAUCGAUUAUAAUCCUUAUUUGAUGGAUAAUGUAUAUUGAUUUGCACAUAUGUAUAUUUUGCAUUUGUUGUAUAUAUAAAUCAAUAUGAUUAAAUAAACUUAAGUACACGUGUAAAA